CAUACUCACUGAUUGUGUUUACCGUAUGAUACCGUGUUUACGCUGUUAUCAAUAACCAAAAUAAAACCGUGCAUUUGUAGGUAUAGUUGCGUGUGACUUCAAAACAUUACGAGAUUCAAGCAAGCUGCUGUAGUAAUUGCUUGUUCGAAGACACAUCUUCAAAUAAUGCUCAAAAACAUACGCAGUUGCUAAAAGCUGUUACUUCGCGUGAUGCCCACGGAAAAUUGUUUUCAUCACAAUAUAUGGAUCGCCAGAAGGAGCAACAAGCGCAUUACGCCGGCCUAGCCGGAGGUCUAACAGGAUGUAUAACGCGUUGUAUUUGUCAGCCGCUGGAUGUGCUUAAAAUUCGCCUCCAACUGCAAGUGGAACCGAUUACUACGGCUUCUCAAAUCUCCAAAUAUCGUUCGCUUGCCCAGUCGGUUGCUUGUAUCUAUAAAGAGGAAGGACUGUUAGCCUUCUGGAAGGGCCAUAACCCAGCCCAGGUACUAUCGCUAGUGUAUGGGGUUGCCCAGUUCUCGUUCUAUGAGCGCUUCAAUGGAGUUCUGCGUGAUAUAGCGCUUUUCGAAGGGCAUGAUCGUACCAGAAAUUUUGUGGGUGGAGCAUGUAGUGGUUCUUUUGCCGCAAUGAUUAUUAUGCCACUAGACGUGAUACGGACCCGACUUGUGUCGCAGGAUCCGGGAAAAGGAUACAGAAAUGGAUUCCAAGCAGCCGGAUUGAUAUAUCGAACGGAGGGUAUUCGAGGAUUGUACCGGGGACUGGGACCUGCGUUGCUGCAGAUUGCGCCCCUCACGGGUGGACAAUUCAUGUUCUAUAAUCUGUUCGGUGGAGUUAUCAAACGAAUCGAGAGACUCCCGGAAGACAGCAUGCUCCAGCCAGUGGAAUUGUUCUUUUGCGGAGGCUUGGCGGGAUUGUGCACAAAAUUGCUGGUGUAUCCUUUGGAUCUCACCAAGAAGCGCCUCCAAAUACAGGGUUUCUCUGCAAACCGACAAACAUUCGGACAGCAUUUCGUGUGUACUCACAUGCUUCAGUGCUUUUACCAGGUUUGCCUUCGAGAAGGUUUUGGCGGGUUGUAUAAAGGACUUGCUCCUUCACUGCUAAAAGCUGGUGUAACAAAUGCGUUUUAUUUCGCUAUUUACGACCAACUGCUGUCGUUGUUCAACAAAGGUUUUCACAAAACACUUUAGUUCAUUCUGUUUUUGUUUAGCUAGGAGAUUACAAUGGAUCCGCACAAGUUGUUAAUUGUUUAUAUUACGAUCAAGAUUCAUUAAAGGCACUAGGGAAUAGUGCAGAUUUAUAA